CGCCUCUCCUGCCUCCUCCCACGCCGCUCUCUGGAGGCUCUAUCCGCACACGACAGCGCAGCGCGCCCCGGCCCUUCCCUUUGUUGCGCUCCCUCCCGUCGACACCAUGGCUCAAUCCGUCGGCUCCUUCUUCCAGUCGUUCUGGCACACGAUGACCUCGAACGACCGCCACGCCUCGCACGACUCGCCCUACCGCACCGGCCGCCACAUCCCCAUCCCGCAGAGCCGGCACAGCGCCCUCACCUCGAUUGCGACCAGCGGCAUCGACUCGCGCGUCGACCUGUCGUCGCCCUACGCACACGACGACAUUGCCACCAGCAAUGGCUUCAUCGGCUCGCCCAAGGGCCCGCUGUCGCCCAACUCGCCCUACUCGCCCGGCAUGCGCGGCACCCUGAGCCGCCAGGCCACCGCCGACGGCGACGCCUUCGACAAGGGCCCCAACGGCGAGAUCCAGAUGCAGAACUUCAACGAGGGCCUGCCGCCGCCGCCGCCCGUCUCGCACUCGUGGAAGCGCAUCGACCGCUGGGUCGAGGACCACUACGAGGAGCUGUUCGACAACAUCUGCGAGGGCGCCACCGCCAACGACGUCAACGAGCUGGAGCACGAGCUCGACGCCACCCUGCCCAUCGACGUCCGCGAGUCGCUGCAGGUCCACGACGGCCAGGAGCGCGGCGGCCUGCCCACCGGCGUGCUGUUCGGCAUGAUGCUGCUCGACUGCGAGGAGGUUCUCAUGGAGUGGAAGAACUGGCGCACCGUCGCCGACGAGUACCUCAACAACAAGCCCGACUACUCGUCGCCGCAGAUCCCCGUCAAGGCCUUUGCCGGCUCCUCGACCGCCGCCCCCGUCGCCCAAGCCCAGCCGACCGGCAACCCGCUGUGGCGCCAGGACCUGCAGUCUCGCCAGGAUUCGCAGCCGCCGAACGCCGUCCAGAAGGCCUACGCCCAUCCCGCCUGGAUCCCGCUCGCCCGCGACUGGGGAGGCAACUACCUGGCGACUGAUCUGGCGCCCGGUCCCACAGGAACCUGGGGCCAGAUAAUCAUCUUCGGCCGCGACUACGACUGCAAAUUCGUCGUUGCACGCUCGUGGGCCGCCCUGGUCGCCAUGGUCGCCGAUGAUCUGGCCUCGAAAGACGUCCACAUCGAGGAGGAGAGUGGGGAGCUGAAGCUCCUAGCUUUCAGGGGUCAGAAUGUGGAGCCGCCCUACCUUGAGAUCCUGCGUUGGCGGUGCGAUCAGAAGUACGGCCGGAGGCCCGUGAACAGGCGCCGACCACAGAGCGGCCUGCGCAUCAACCCAAAUGCUCCUGGCACCGUUGUACCUAGCUCGACCGCCAGCAGUCCCUACCACAGCCCGGUAAUGGGCCCACAGGACCGUGGUCGCAGCCCCCACCGCCUGUCUACAAAGCAGAAGGGUGUCAGCCCACGAGGCAAGCUCUCCAGCCCUCUUGCCCGCGUCGCCGAAGAGCACGCGCAGCCCCUCAACGUCAACACCAACCUUGACGCCAAGACCAACACUUCCGCAGACAAGCUGAUCUCGGUCGACACCCCAAGGCCAAGCGACGACUUCCCCGUCCGCGCCAGCGUAAGCAGCGAUAAGGAGAACAAGAAGGACACACCAGAGGAGAAGACAAAGCCCGCUUCCCUCAAGAGCCCCAUUGCGGACACUCCCGACCUCAAGACCGUCGAGAUAUAGCCCUGCUAUAUCCCCCCGCGGCGCCUUCCCAUUUGCUCCCUCACGUGAGCACCACUGGAUACCCUUAGCAGCAUCUACGCGCAUCCCUUAUCCAUGGCCUGAAGGCUCGGGCACACGCAGUCACACCCGUAAUCACACUGUACAUGUGUCCUCCCGCCGAGCUCCCUUCUCGCGCGAC